CACACACAUCUCUGCUGCGGGACGAGCCGGGGAGCCAGGAGCACUCGCUCUUGGCGUUGAAUUUCCAGAAGACCGCCCCCGCCGUCCUUGGAGGUGUUCUGGGAAGAGCCGAGGGACGGGGACCAGAGACGAUCUUGAGGAGGACCCGGGGGCCCUGUGAGCUGCCCGUCGCCCUUCGGCCGACAACGCGCGUCCCGCCCAGGCCAUCCCCAAGGAGACAUCGCAGGGGAGCGUGCCGGGAGCGUGGGCGGCCACGAUGUCCAACCCCUUCCUGAAGCAAGUGUUCAACAAGGACAAGACGUUCCGCCCCAAGCGCAAGUUUGAGCCGGGCACCCAGCGCUUCGAGCUGCACAAGAGGGCGCAGGCGUCGCUGAACGCGGGGCUGGACCUGAAGCUGGCGGUGCAGCUGCCGCCCGGCGAGGAGCUCCACGACUGGGUGGCCGUGCACGUGGUGGACUUCUUCAACCGCGUCAACCUCAUCUACGGCACCAUCAGCGACGGCUGCACCGAGCGCUCCUGCCCCAUCAUGUCCGGCGGCCCCAAAUACGAGUACCGCUGGCAGGACGAGCACCGCUUCCGUAAGCCCACGGCGCUCUCGGCGCCCCAGUACAUGGACCUGCUCAUGGACUGGAUCGAGGUGCAGAUCAACAACGAGGACGUCUUCCCCACCAACGUCGGCACACCGUUCCCCAAGAACUUCCUGCAGGUGGUGAAGAAGAUCCUGUCGCGCCUGUUCCGCGUGUUCGUGCACGUCUACAUCCACCACUUCGACCGCAUCGCGCAGCUGGGCUCCGAGGCGCACGUGAACACCUGCUACAAGCACUUCUACUAUUUCGUGCGUGAGUUCGGCCUCAUCGACACCAAGGAGCUGGAGCCGCUGAAAGAAAUGACCGCACGGAUGUGCCACUGAGAGCCCCUCGGCCCGCUGUCACCAAGGCAGAGCCCGGGGGACACCCCGACGGGAGGGCCACGUCUCCGGAGCAUGGACCCGUGUGUUCUAGGCCAGCGUCAGGGCGAGCUUGGAGCUGUCGGUGCCCCGCUGACCCCCCGGGGCCGAGUCCCCUCUCCGAUUCCCAGGUGGCCGCCGGGGGACGCUGCACAGUGGCGCCCCGGCCUCCCUGAGCGCUGUCUCCACCGCCGUCCAGGAAGGAGGGGGUUGAACUUGAACUCUGCGAUGCCGUGUGCUGUGAGCCACCGGGAACACCCACUCUGUCUGUAAACCGCUGGCAUUGACCGGGCGGCCCCCCAGCCCCUCCGCCGACCCCUCCCUGCGGGGCAGCCUGCACACCCGGGGCCCCAGGGCCGCCUCCCGGGCUUGGGAGCCGCGGGUCACCAUCGCUCCUCCGGCAGCCGCGGGCCUGUUCCACGAGAGGUACGCCGUGGCCCGCUUCCGUCCCCGCCUCGUCUCGCUCUGUCCACUCUGUCCCUCCAGAACGUCGGCCCCGCCUGGCUAGAGCUCCCCAUGCCUGCGCCCCGGGUUUCCUGUGGCCCCUUCGUUUAUCAAAAAAGAUGUAAUUUUUACACAGUCACCAGCGACCGCCUUGAGACGUCGAGGGCCAAGGCUCUCAGCCAGACAUAGUGCGCCCUCUCGAAAACCGUGCCCUCCCGCUUACGGAUGACCCUGUGACCCCAGUGCGCCUCCCGCGCAUCGCCUCUUCCAGGUUUCGAAGCUGAGUUGUGCCUAACGUUUGGCUGGAAUUGGCGCUUCCUCACAGGCCUCCUGCUUUCUGUCAAAAGCCUUUGUGUGCGUGGCCCUCCGUGGUCCCAGGACCAGACUCCCAGCACUGUCCCCCCGUGGAGCACUGGGAGGUGUGGCCGGGGCUCCCCGCGGCCCGCACUGAAGGGACCACGGCAGCCGCGCCCUGUUCCCGCGCAGCGUCCUCGGUGGCCCCUCGCCGGGGCAGCCCUCCCUCCCGGACCACAGUGACUCCGAGUGCCUCUGGGGGUCUGGGGUCCCGUCACCGACACCGACCAAGUGCAAUUACCGUGACCUCUGCCUCCAUCCUCCCAGAAGCCACUGGGGUCCAGCUCGGAGCCCCUGGGAGAUGGACCUGCAGGACGUCCAGAAACUGUCCGAACGAAUGUAGCUCCUUUUAAAUGCAAAACCACAGCCGAAGGCCAUAACCACUGUGUCCCCCAGGGUCGCCCGCUGUUCCCCGUAGCCCGGCCACGUCGGGAAGGUGGCCAGGACCCCGGGGGGCAGGGAGGGCCCCAUCCCCGCGCUCCUGUGCCCGUGGGUGCCCCACAUGAACCUCAGAAUAAAUUGUGCCAUGUUCA